CUUGGUGCCAUUCUCCAGGGAGUGGGUGCAUUUUCACUGCUAGGUCCCACAUGAACUGAUUGUUGAAAGUCACCUGGCACUUCCACUUUCUCUUGUUUAUGCUUUCACUAUAUGAUCUCUGCACAACAGCUCCCCUUUGCCUUUCACUGUGAGUGGAAGCAGUCUGAAGUCCUCAUCAGAAGCAGUUGCUGGGAGCAGCUUCUUGUACAGCCUAAAGACCAGUGAGCCAAAUAAACCUCUUUUCUUCAUAAAUUACUCACACUCAGAUAAUCCUUUAUAGCAUCACAAAUGGACUAAGAUACUUGAUUUUCAGAGUCAUAGAUCCCCUUAGUUUUCCUCAAACCUUACUGUUCCUUCUUGGUCUCCUUUUCUAGUUACACUUUUUUCUUGAUGAUUUCUUUUGGUUUCAAUGGUCCAGGUCUCUGCUUCUAGGUUUCUCUACCUAUAAAUGCUCCCUUGGUGAUUUAAUAUCAAUAUUAUCUCAUGGCUUUAAGUUUCAUCUAUAUUCUGGUGGCUUACAAAUGUCUCUGUCUGCUCUAGUUCUCUCCCCUGAACUCUGGACUCAAAUAUCCAACUGCCAACACAAUCUUUCCACUUGAAUAUCUCAUAGACACUUCAAACAUAGUUUAUCCCCAACUGAACCUCUGAUAUUAACCUAUAAAAUUGUACCCCUCAAAAACUCUUUACCCAAGUCUUCUCCAUUUUCAUUAAUAAGAAUUUCAUCCUUCCAGUUGCCCAAGCCUGAAACCUUAGACGUAUUCAUGACUCCUUUUUAAUGCCUCACACCUGAUGCCCUGAUAGUCUAUUCAUUAUAAUAUCUUGUUGGCUCCAGAAGUAUUGUUUUCUAUUUGUACUCAGAUACAAAUGGUGUUUAUAAAUCAACUUUUUGGGAUAUUUCUCAGUAUUUGAACUCUUGUUACUUUUCUCAGAAAUCCAGAAACUGAAAAAAUUUACAUGACACAAUAUCUAACUAACUAUAAGAAAUAAGGUACUAAGAUAGCUUAGAAUAAUUGCAUUUUUAAAAUAUAUCCAGAAUUUGCCAAUUCUCCUUUUUUCCACUUUUGUCUAUUAAGUGGCAUCACCAGUGGAUGGUUAGUACAUAGGUAGCACUGAAUAAAUGCAUGUAAAAUGAAAUUAAUAUAGUGGAUAUAGCAUUAAAAUAAGAACUACACUAAAAAAGGAACAUAAUAAUUUUCAGAUGAAAACAAUAAACAGAAAAGAUAGGAAUUAUCUCUUUGGCUUUGGAAGGCAUUCAGGAAAUAAUCACAGUGAACUUAUGAUCAAUUAUACUAUACAGAAGGAGUUGAUAUAAAUGGAAAAUAAAAAUUUACUUUUGAUUAUGCCAUCACUGAAUAAUCAAAGAAUAUAAGAAAGAAAAUGUUUAGUCAUUCUACAGAAGUAAUGUUACAGUUCAGAAGCUCUCCCUGUUGAUCUGGGAUUUUAAAACAGCACAUUAUAAAAUGGAAGAAGGCCAGGGAUGGUAUCUCAUACCUGGAAUAGUAGCAUUUUAGGAGACCAAGGCAGGAUGACUGCUUGAAGCCAGGAGUUCAAGACCAGCCUGGACAACAUAGUGAGACCCUGCCUCUACCAAAAAAAAAAAAAAAAAAAUCAAAUUAUCCAGGCAUAGUGGUGUAUAGCAUGUGUCUAGUUCAAUCUACUCAGGAGGCUGAGGAGAGAAGUUUGCUUAAGCUCAGGCGUUCCACGCUGCAGGAGCCACGAUCAUGCCACUGCACUCAAGCCUGGGUGACAGAGCAAUACCUUGUCGCAAAAAAAAAAAAAAGUAGGGGCAGGGGGAAAAGAAGGAUAAAUUUGUAACACAGGUUGAAUAUCCAUAAUUUAAAAAUCCAAAAUUCAAAAGAUCCCAAAUUCAUAAAUUUUUGUGUGCUGACAUAAUGCCACAAGUGGAAAAUUCCAAACCUGAUCUCCUGUGACAAAUUGCAGUCAAAAUGCAGGUGCACAACACAGUUUAUUCAGCAUUCUCAGGGGAAAAAAUAGUCUCUCAGUCCCCUUUAGCCGCUAUGUAUCUUUUCCAUAAACACUUAGAUUCCCGCAUGCAAGCAUACCCACAAAGGAUAAUACAAUGGCAUAUGUGCAGAGUGGACAUGCCAAUGGCAGGUUCCCCACAGUGUCCCACAUUGGGCCAAGACCUAUAUGCAUUACACUGUGGUUUUUCUUUUGUUUUUGUUUGUUUGCUUAUUUUUCAUUCUGUGGCAUAAAGAUAUUAUUGAAAAUGUCAAAAAGGCCUGAAGAUACCCCUAUGGGUAACAGUGAUAAGAAAAAAAGGAAGCGUUUAUGUUUGUUUAUAGCACAGAAAGUCAAGCUGUUGGAGAAACUAGACUGUGGUAUAAGUGGGAAACAUCUUACAGAAGAGUAUGGUGUUGGAAUGACCACCAUAUAUGACCUGAAGACACCAAAGGAUAAAUUGUUAAAGGUCUCCAUUGAAAGUGAUGAACAGAAGUUAAUGAAAAAUAGAAAAAUACUGCAUAAAGCUAAAAAUGAAGAUCUCAAUUGUGUAUUGAAAGAGUGGAUCCAUCAGUGUGACAGUGUACACAUGCCACUUAAUGGUAUGCUGAAGGUUAAAUAAGCAAAGAUCUUUCACAGUGAACUGGCAAUCGAAGGGAACUAAAUAUUCAAUAGGCUUGUUGUAGAAAUUUAAGAAAAGAUAUAGCAUUAAAUUUUUAAAGAUUUGUGGUAAUAAAUAGUGAAGACAUACAUUGACUAGUUGGCCAAGAUCAUUGCUGAUGGAAAUCUGACUCUGGAACAAAUCUUUGAUGCCGAAACAACACACGUUUUGAUGCCUCAAAAAGAUACUGACACAGAAGACGAGACAGCCCCUACAGGAAGUAAGGAUGCCAAGGACAGAAUAACUGAGAUUGGAUGUACUUAUACAGCGGGAACCCAUAUGUGAAAACUUGUUGUGAUAAUCAAAAGCUUGCGUCUUUGCUGUUUUCAGGGAGUCAAUUUCUUACCAGUUUAUUAUUAUGCUAACAAAAAGGCUUGGAUCACCAGCAACAUAUUUUCUGAUUGGUUUUAUAAACAUUUUGUGACAGCAAUUCUUGCUUACUUUCAGGAAGCUGGACUGAAUGACUGCAAGAAUUUAUUUGAUUAUAUUUAUUCUACUCAUUGUCUAGCUGAAAUUAUUAUCAAAAACAAUGCUUAUGCCAUGUACUUUCCCCAAAAUGUGACUUGUUAAUUUAGCCAAGUGACCAGGUUAUCCUUCAAUCGAUAAAGAAUAAAUAUAAAAACACUUCCUUAAAUAGCAUGCCAGCAGUAGUGAACAGAGGUAUAUGUGUGGGUGAUUUUCAAAAGGAGUUUAGCAUGAAGGAUGUCAUAUAUGCUGUUGUCAAUCCUUGGAAUUCAGUGACUAAAGACAUGUUGUACCUGCCUGGCACAACCUCUAGUCUGCAUCUUUGUUCAGUGAUGAUGAUGAACUAGGUGGUGACUUUGAAGGAUUCCAUAUGUCAAAUGAGAAAACCAAUGAUGUCUGACCCUACCUAUUCCAAAAAAAAAAAAAAAAAAAUACUUUCAGAGUCUAUUAGUAGGCUGGAAAAAGUGGAUAUCAACGAAAUUCUUAACAUUGACAAUGAGGCUCCAGUUGUUCAUUCACUGAACAUUGAUGACAUAGCCAAAAUGGUACUGAAUUCAGGUGACUGUGAUAAUAGUAAUGACGAAGAUAACAAUGUUAACACUGAAGAAAAAGUGCCAGAGACAACAUGAUGGAAAUGCAUGAUGAUCUUAGUGAAGAACUAGAGCAGUGUACAUUCAUUACAGAACAAUAAAUUAUGCCAGUUGAUAAAAAUCAGAGAGCUUUCUAAGACAAAAACUGUUGUUAAUGAGGCAGAUGACUCUGGGGGAAACAUUUUAAAAAGCUACCCAGCAGAAUGCCGCCUCACCCCUAGGGGGUCCACUUCCCGGUCCCUCAACUGCUUCUGAUGUUUCUUCUCACCUAAAAAAAAUACAGUGUACAGUAACUUUUUAAUCCAAACACAGCAUUGAAUGUAGAGAUGGAAAGCCUGUGGUUGUUUGUGGUUGCUGUUGUUUCAUAGCUGAUACAGGUAUUCUGGCAAUGCUACUGUGCUUCUUAGUGACUUUGAACACAUUAUGUUUUCACUGCAUUCAUGCUAUGUCAUAUUUUUCACCGGUAAUUACUUACGUAUAAAUAAUUGCAAUAAAAUAAUUGCUUAUUAGUAGCAUAUAAAUUCAGUCAGGAAUGAUGGUGAUGCCACAAACCACAGAUUGUCCACUUAGGUGACUGAGAUAGAGACACCUUUGAUUUCUGAUGGUUCAAUGCACACAAACUUUGUUUCGUGCAAAAAUUUUUUAAAAAAUGUAUUGAUUUACCUUCAGGCUAUGUGUAUAAGAUGUAUAUGAAACAUAUGUGACUUGGGUCCCAUCUCCAAGAUAUCUCAUUAUGUAUAGGCAAAUAUUCCAAAAUCUGAAAAAAUUCAACAUGCAAAACACUUCUUGUUCCAAUCAUUUCUGAUAAGGGAUAUUAAACCUGUAAGAGAAUAACCCUAUAAAAGAAUGAACCUGUCAGAAUUCUAAAGCUCAUGAGAUGUUUUCUAUAUUAAUGACAACUCUCUUUCUCAGAAUCUCCAUCCCUUUCUCAUAGUUCUAUAGAACUAUAGAGGAGUUAUAUAGUCUCCUCUUUCUGAGUUCUGGAUGCUAGUAAAACCACAAAGCACAUAAGCACCUGAAUUUAUUGCCAGGUUCUAGCUCAGACUGGCCCACAGAAUACACUUCCAAGAUUGUUUGAAAUGUGGAAAGAGAAAUGUUCUAGGAAUUGGAAAAAAUAAAUUUUGGCCUCUGUACUGCGAUUAUUUAGCAAUUAUUUGGCCUCUGCCCUGCAAAUUGCUCCUUGGUUCCCUUUUCUGUGUGAUGACUAUGAUGAUGCUUAAUAAACUCAGAAGAUUGUUGUGAGAUACGGUAUUAUCCUUCCAUCAGUCUUUUCAGUAAUUAUCACCUGGUAUGUUACACAUGCCAGGCAUCUCAAAAUUUGGGAAAACAAAUGUGACUAAGAAGUGAGCUCUUCUUUGAAAAAGUAAGAAACAAAUAGAUAAAACAACACCACAAGUAAAUGAAUAAAUAGGCACAUGGAAACAACUAUCUUAGCUGUAAAGAGUCAUGCAGAGCUUAAAAGAAGAUCAGACAUGUAUAUUGUUGAAUUCUAAUGAAUAAUGAAAUUGUGGAAUAACGUUCCAGGAAGAAACAACUUCAUGAAAAUAAUUUGAAAGAAAUUCUUCUUAACUUGUUCUUUUUAUUAGUUUCUUUUUGUAAAAUUGGGCAUUUCUCCUAAACUCACCGAGGUUCUGUAGUUCUCUGAUUUUCUGUAACCCUAAGCUUCAACACUAUUGUUAUUGUUGAACUUUUAUUGCUCGUGGUUGCUGUAGGGGCCUCAGUGAGGAGUAAUUCUGCUCCCCAAGUGAAGUGGCCUUCGUGAUAUAAAAUUCUGAUGAAGUUAGUCUUGGCAAGGUAAGAUGCAGGCUUUAUAAAUUUACGAAGUCUGUAUAAUGUUCAGAGGCCUGAAAAUAAUACAGAAAAUAAAAUGUACAGAGUCUAGAAAGAGGCUUAGGUGAGUUAGGAGUUCUAUAGUUUCAGCUCUGUUGGCUCUAUAUUAAGCCUACCAGCAAGUCCUGGUGUAGUUUUGUGUGUCCGGUAUCCGUUGCCCCAUCUUCUGGUAACAGCGUCUUGAUUUUCUUUGGGGAUCAUUCUCUGCUCUUGUGAUCUAACUGAAAUUGAAGUAAGUGGAGCCAAUGAGAACAUCUAUUCAUUGACUGCAGUGACUGUUUGAGGACUGGAUGUGUGACCCAAUCCAGUUUGAUCAGAACAAAUAAGACUCAAUCUCAGGACUUUUCCUGAGGUUGUUAUAAAAGAGGUGGUCUCUUUUUCCACUACACCUAAAACUAAUAAAAGAAAAGCUUAGACCUGCUUACAGUGAUCUCCACCCUCAAAUGAUCAAACAUAGAGGAAACAGAACCUAAAUCAGGAGAGACCAAAUUCAAGGUCAUUGUUAGAAAUGACUGAGCCCCUGAAAAAUCCACGUCUGAAACUAUUUCUCCUCUGCUUUUGAGUUAUGUAACCCAGAAAAAAAAUCAUUUUGUGCUUACACAAAUGUGAAAAUCAUCCCUAUUGCAUGACCCAUAAGAUGUAUGACAUGUAAAGAUUUGCCAUACUAUUAAGGAGCAAACUUGAAUGGUUCACACUGCAAUGCAGAUGUGUUAGAGGGAUUUGCUAAGUUAGUUGGAGAGCUUAGCUGUUUAAAUUUUCACCAAUGCAGUAACUCAACUGACAUUACAAAAACAUUGUCUUCAUCAUUAAAUGGCAAUGAAAGUUUAAAAAGAUAAUAAAUUAUGGUUUGAAGAUAAGCAUCACACUCAAUAAGUAGAAUACUGGAUAAAUGACUUUUUGAAUUUGAAUAUUCUUCAUAAGACUUCAGUGUAUCUCUGCAAAAUUUUUAAGUACAUCACUUAAAUUUGCUUUUGCUUAUGAUAUUCUUUGUGAGGAAACCUAGUUAUAUUUACCCAAUCUGAUGAUAGUAGCUCCAAUAAUUACUAUAGUCAGGUGAAAUGUAUUAUAUAAUUUGUGCCACUGAAGAAGUAGCUUAUUGCUUCCUGCCUUUCCUCUAAGAUUCAAAUCAUGACCUCAGUAUUACAAUGCUGCCUGAAUUAAUGGUGCAGAUUUUACUGCUUUGGCUUGCGUUUUAUUCUCACAUUCAUUGACAGAAAGAAUUUGUCUUCAGAGGCCAUCCCUUUCAUCAUCUGCCAAGAGAUUGUGCCAAAUGUAAAGCUAGCCCAAAUUUUCAUCCCACUGGUACUCAAGAAAGUUUUUCAAUUUUUUUUUUUCUGUAGAUUCACAUUUGCCCUUUUUUUGCAUAAGACCAUCCACCAACAUGUAUAACAUUUGUUUAAUUCACUUCUUAACCUUUAUCUGGAAUUUAUAUUCAACUGAAAAAUGUUCAUAGAUGCUGGACUGGCUCAAUAUCAAUAAAGCUGGCAUGUCAUUUGUAAAAAAGUAAUAUUAAAAUUAUUGGAUGAAUUCAGGAAACCAUUUUAGAAAUAGAAGAAUGUAGGUUAAACAGAAGGAUAAGCGAAUGGUUACACGUGCUUUUACUGACUACCAGACUUUGCAUUAAAAAUGGGAAAUAUCUGACAUUUGCAGUCUCUGUAAAUGAUCACUGAAAUUGCUUUUGUGUGUGUGUGUGUGUUUAUAAAGAUCAAGAAGAUCAAGCUCAGAUAAUUCAAAUCAGUUUAGGUAUUUUACUUAAAUAGCCACAUUAUAAUUAUGUUUACUAAAGAGCUGAAAAGCACUCCUUUCUAGCACAUGAUAAUGGCUAUAACUUAUUUUAGGUCUUGGCGUAAUUAGAAUGAUUCACAUUUUUCCUACUGACUGGGCGUAUUUGUCUCCUUUGCACUGUGACUUCCUCCUCCUCCUUGUAUAACAUACAUUUAUAUGUGUGAAUAUAAACAAAUAUAAAAACAUCCAUAUAUGAAUGUACACCCAAGGCAAGCAGGAUGGCUGUCUCCAGAGAAGGAAUAAGUGGGUUCCCCACUGUUGCUCAGGGUAAAUGUGGACUGAUGUAGUUCUGGGACAAACCUACUAUAACCACAAGUUAAUAACAAUGUCUUUAAACAAAGAAACAGACAGAAACCCCCUUUGGAUAAGCCCUCUCUACAAUCCCCUCCUUGCUGGCUCCAUUGGACUGAGCCCAUCCUUUCCAGGGUUUACACCUCCAGAAGGAUUAAAUUUCCUGUCUCAUUGAAUCAGGAAGAACCAGGUGAUUUAAUUUGACAAAUGAAGUACAAGUGGAAAAAUGACAUGGGCUGUUCCUGAGCAGCAACUUGAGAGCCAUUGCUUGGAUCUCUCACCUCUCUUUUCCUUUGGUCAUAAAAUCAACACGUCCUAGGCUAGGACUGCUCUUUCAGCAUGGUUAUAGAAUAAAGGACACCUGAGAGAGAGUUGUAACAAACACAGAGUGGACAUUAAUGUCAGCAGAAGUACAUCUUUGUUUUAAAUGCCACUAAAGUUUCUAAACCAUUUGUAAAUGCAAUAUAACAAUCUAAGGCAGGAUUUCUCAACUUUGGCACUAUUGACGUUAUAAAAUGCAUAAUUCUUUUUUUGCUUAGGGCUGUUUUGUCAUUGUAGGAUGUUUAGCAUCAUCAUUGGCCACUUCCCCUUAGAUGUCACCACCACACCCACAGUUGUGAUAAAGAAAAACAUUUCCGGAUAUUUCCAAACGUCCCUUGGGGGAAAACCAUCGCCAGCUGAAAACCACUAAUCUCAGCAUAGUCGUUCUCAAAGGGGAUUUUCAGAGCAAGCAGUAUCUGGAAAUAUGUUAGAUAUACAAAGUCCCAGGACCCUCCCAGUCCCAAUGAAUGAGCAGUUAUAUGGCUAGGGCACAGCAAACUGUGUUUUAAUAAACUCUGCAAGUGGUUCUGAACAUAUGAAGCUUGAGAACCACAGUUUUAAACUGAUUUGUAUAUAUAUGAGCAGUCUUGAAUAAGGAAAGGGCAUAAAUAUUGCUUUUAUUUACGGAUGAAUAAGGUUAGCUCUUUUGAUACGUAAAGCAUUAGAAUUGUAUUUUUUUUGUGAAUCUGUAAGGCUUUAUGGUAUAUUAGCAUGUAUACUAGUGUAAUAAAUGUUAAAUACAUUGAAAUUUCAUAAUUUGAACAAAUUGCACUAUGGUCUCAGGACUUGGAAAUUCACUGAGUCACAAUAACUCAAAAUGAAGGAAAAAAAUUUCUGCUUAGGAAUUCUAAGGGAAGUGUCACUUUGGUUUUCUAAAAAAUACUUUACAAAAUGUUUUUGGAAGCAUAACUGUCAGUUUCAAUUAUCUGACAUUUGUACUCUCAUUUUAUUUAGCACAUUUUAUAUAAACACAAUUAGUAUUUUAAAAGUAUAGAACUGAGAAUGAGUAUCAAUAAUGCUCAGAUUUCUUUAUUGCAAAAUUCUGUCACAAAUAAUUGCUCUUCUUUCCAUCUAAUUUCCUUUUGCAUAUCUAUAAAAUGGAUCUAAGUCUGAUCUACCUUGAAAGGUGGAGCAUAAGGAAUAAUUAACUUUUGCAAAGUCAGUAGUUGUUAUGUGUAAAGUUAUAGGCAAUGCAUAUUAUAAUGCUAAUAUAUAUAUAGAUAAGAGAUUGGGUAUUUCCUCUAGUUGAGAUUGGCAAUAGGAGGUAGAAAAUCACAAUUAAUUUUGCCACAUUAGCUCUGAAAAUGAUGAAGAUAAUAUUUCUGCAGAUUUCUCCGCUUUCCCUCAUUUGAUAAAGGAGAAAUCCCUAUUUUUCUUGUUGUGAGCAGAAAAUCUUCAGAAGUUAAAUCCUAAAAAGUUAAUAGUCUUCUUCUUAACUGUCAAUGGUACCCAUGAUUUCUGCUAUACUAUAUAUUUGUUUUUUAAAGUUGUCCUAAAAUCAGAAUUUUGUGAUGGUGUAGUGUACAUAUCAGUACAAGGUAAAUACAAGAAAAUUAUCUUUAGGCUUUCUGUUUUUAUGAAAACAUUAAAAAAUAAGAGCUGAUUAUGCUGUGAUAGUCUUAUGAAAUAGACCUGGAAAAUGCAAUAUCAAAAGACAUAAUGUGCAUUUUGUGUUAUCUGUGACGUUAUUAUGUUCCACACACUUGACCAUAAACUUUCAAUUUUAUUCUUUGAGUCAAAAUAUCAAGGAAAAACCCUUCUGAGUUUUUUUUUUCUUUUUCUUUCCUUUUUGUUUUUACCAAAAGGCUGUAAGAAAUCUUUAUUUUUAUCAUCACAUUAGGAUUUUAGGAUUCAAAAUAAAAAGCCUUUGACUUUGUUCUUUUAAAGAUAAGGGAAGUCUUUCCCUUUAAAGCAUUAUCUCCUAGCGGGUGGAGAGUGUCAUGCUUCAUUUUUUAGGUCCUUUACACUCUUGAAUUUGAUUUGUGCUUUUACAGCACAAAUCCCAACAUUCAGAAGGGAGAUCUGCCUGCUUCAGCUGCCUGCAGCUACAGAGAAUUAGUCUGUCAUUCUCGGCAUCAGGGAGUGUAUGUUGUGUAUGUGAGGGUGUGAGUGUGUGUUCGUGUUUGAGAUUAGGUGGCUGAGAGUCAUUUAAAUGUGCAUAAGGUUAAUACUGGAAGAUCUCAUACAGGCUUGGCUCUGAAACCUGUGGCAUUCUAGGCUGGACAGCCGUUCCCGUGCCUCUAUUUUAAUUUAGCAGGAUGUUUGCUGCCAUGGCAGCCAGCAGCAUCCACUGCAGCAGCAAGGAAGAGCCAUAGAUCUGAGAAUGCAGGUGGAAUACUAAAAUGUGAGAGGCUCGUGCAGGGCUGGGCUUCAGUGCUUAAUUCCUGCUCUUCCCGGGCUCCUAUGGGGAGGCUGUACUUGCUGCACUGUGUCAGCUCAUUAGAGUAAAGGGUUACAGACCUAGGUCAGUUAAGGGCUGGUGAAAGGCAGGGGGAAAAAAAAAAGCAAAAAGCAAGAGACCUCAGCUCGUGCUUCACCUCCUGGCGUUUCGGAACACAGAAGCAAUAGAGGGAAUGUGGACCCAUCCUCCGGCUGAGACAUGUGAUUGGAUGAAGACUGGCAAACGUAGUUGGCUUCCUGGACUACUUUUCAGCUGGGGGAGAGUCUUUGGUGAACUCUUUUCUGCUUCAGAUAUAUUCGAGCAAAAUAUUUGUAAGUACUGCUGAUUUAGUAAAAUGAUGCAUCAAGCUAAAUUGUAGGCAAAUAAUUAUAUAUACCGUAUCUCUAGAAUCUGUGAAUGUGUGAGCUUGAGCUUUUAUUUAAGUGCAUGUGAUAAUUAAAAUCAAAUGGAUCAGUUACAAUCACAGUGUAAAAAGACAAUAUGAAGUCCAAUUGAAAGGAAGGAGCCACUGGAAGAAUCAUGCAGCGGCCUGCUCAACUCUCUGUGUUCCGGAGCAAAGAAGUAAGGAGAAAGGGAGCUUGCCUUCAGAAACAAAAGUCUCUGACCAAUCUUUCCCUCACCAGUGAUGGGGAGAGGAGACCCACGGUGCGCAUUUCCAACUGGUUUGGAAACGCUGCCAAGGCCAGUCAGAGAGAAGCCAACUAUGCAGAGAGGCGCUCACUGUCCAGGUUUCUCUCGCGGUCUGUGCAGUCCCUGUAUCACACCAGCGGCUCAGCCUGGAACCUCCUGCCUGCUGGGGGCAGCCAGUCAGACAGUGAAGACUUAGAGGAAUUGUCUACAAGAAGAGGCUUAGAAGGUGAGAGUGAUGAAGAUAGUAGGUCCGACGAUGAAAACGUGUCCUCCAAGCUAAGCAGCAUCAGCAGAAGCUGGGCUGAAGAGGAGGGAGAAAGCUGCUUGCGGGAAGGGACGGCUCAUCUGGAUGAGGACGUCAUUCUUACCAUGCUGGGUGAUCUGGAACAGGCACUUUACACUGACUUAUUAGGUGAAGACCCUGAAACAAGAAGAAUGAGAACCGUUAAAAACAUAGCAGAUUUGAGGCAGAAUUUAGAAGAGACUAUGUCCAGUCUUCGUGGGACUCAGAUAAGCCACAGCACCUUGGAGACAACAUUUGACAGCACUGUGACAACAGAAGUGAAUGGAAGGAGCAUACCCAACUUGACAAGUCGACCCACCCCCAUGACAUGGAGGUUGGGCCAGGCAUGUCCGCGACUUCAGGCAGGAGAUGCUCCCUCCCUGGGUGCUGGCUAUCCUCGCAGUGGUACCAGUCGAUUCAUCCACACAGACCCCUCGAGGUUCAUGUAUACCACGCCUCUCCGUCGAGCUGCUGUCUCUCGGCUGGGAAACAUGUCACAGAUUGACAUGAAUGAGAAAGCAAGCAGUGACCUGGACAUGUCUUCUGAAGUCGAUGUGGGUGGAUAUAUGAGUGAUGGUGAUAUCCUUGGGAAAAGUCUCAGGACUGAUGACAUCAACAGUGGGUACAUGACAGAUGGAGGACUUAACCUAUACACUAGAAGUCUGAACCGAAUACCAGACACAGCAAGCUCCCGGGACGUCAUCCAGAGAGGGGUUCACGAUGUGACAGUGGAUGCAGACAGCUGGGAUGACAGCAGUUCAGUGAGCAGUGGUCUCAGUGACACGCUUGAUAACAUCAGCACUGAUGACCUGAACACAUCCUCUGUCAGCUCCUACUCCAACAUCACCGUCCCCUCCAGGAAAAACACUCAGCUGAAGACAGAUUCAGAGAAACGCUCCACCGCAGACGAGACCUGGGAUAGUCCUGAGGAACUGAAAAAACCAGAAGAAGAUUUUGACAGCCAUGGGGAUGCUGGUGGCAAGUGGAAGACUGUGUCCUCUGGACUUCCUGAAGACCCCGAGAAGGCAGGGCAGAAAGCUUCCCUAUCUGUUUCACAGACAGGUUCCUGGAGAAGAGGCAUGUCUGCCCAAGGAGGGGCACAAUCUAGGCAGAAAGCUGGAACAAGUGCGCUCAAAACUCCUGGGAAAACCGAUGAUGCCAAAGCGUCUGAGAAAGGAAAAGCUCCCCUAAAAGGAUCAUCUCUACAAAGGUCUCCUUCAGAUGCAGGAAAAAGCAGUGGAGAUGAAGGGAAAAAGCCCCCCUCAGGCAUUGGAAGAUCGACUGCCACCAGCUCCUUUGGCUUUAAGAAACCAAGUGGAGUAGGGUCAUCUGCCAUGAUCACUAGCAGUGGAGCAACCAUAACAAGUGGCUCUGCAACACUGGGUAAAAUUCCAAAAUCUGCUGCCAUUGGCGGGAAGUCAAAUGCAGGGAGAAAAACCAGUUUGGACGGUUCACAGAAUCAGGAUGAUGUUGUGCUGCAUGUUAGCUCAAAGACUACCCUACAAUAUCGCAGCUUGCCCCGCCCUUCAAAGUCCAGCACCAGUGGCAUUCCUGGCCGAGGUGGGCACAGAUCCAGUACCAGCAGUAUUGAUUCCAACGUCAGCAGCAAGUCUGCUGGGGCCACCACCUCAAAACUGAGAGAACCAACUAAAAUUGGGUCAGGGCGCUCAAGUCCUGUCACCGUCAACCAAACAGACAAGGAAAAGGAAAAAGUAGCAGUCUCAGAUUCAGAAAGUGUUUCUUUGUCAGGUUCCCCCAAAUCCAGCCCCACUUCUGCCAGCGCCUGUGGUGCACAAGGUCUCAGGCAGCCAGGAUCCAAGUAUCCAGAUAUUGCCUCACCCACAUUUCGAAGGUUGUUUGGUGCCAAGGCAGGUGGCAAAUCUGCCUCUGCACCUAAUACUGAGGGUGUGAAAUCUUCCUCAGUAAUGCCCAGCCCUAGUACCACAUUAGCGCGGCAAGGCAGUCUGGAGUCACCGUCGUCCGGUACGGGCAGCAUGGGCAGUGCUGGUGGGCUAAGCGGCAGCAGCAGCCCUCUCUUCAAUAAACCCUCAGACUUAACUACAGAUGUUAUAAGCUUAAGUCACUCGUUGGCCUCCAGCCCAGCAUCGGUUCACUCUUUCACAUCAGGUGGUCUCGUGUGGGCUGCCAAUAUGAGCAGUUCCUCUGCAGGCAGCAAGGACACUCCGAGCUACCAGUCCAUGACUAGCCUCCACACGAGCUCUGAGUCUAUUGACCUCCCCCUCAGCCAUCAUGGCUCCUUGUCUGGACUGACCACAGGCACUCACGAGGUCCAGAGCCUGCUCAUGAGAACGGGUAGUGUGAGAUCUACUCUCUCAGAAAGCAUGCAGCUUGACAGAAAUACACUACCCAAAAAGGGACUAAGAUAUACCCCAUCAUCUCGGCAGGCCAACCAAGAAGAGGGCAAAGAGUGGUUGCGUUCUCAUUCUACUGGAGGGCUUCAGGACACUGGCAACCAGUCACCUCUGGUUUCGCCUUCUGCCAUGUCAUCUUCUGCAGCUGGAAAAUACCACUUUUCUAACUUGGUGAGCCCAACAAAUUUGUCUCAAUUUAACCUUCCUGGGCCCAGCAUGAUGCGCUCAAACAGCAUCCCAGCCCAAGACUCUUCCUUCGAUCUCUAUGAUGACUCCCAGCUUUGUGGGAGUGCCACUUCUCUGGAGGAAAGACCUCGUGCCAUCAGUCAUUCAGGCUCAUUCAGAGACAGCAUGGAAGAAGUUCAUGGCUCUUCAUUAUCACUGGUGUCCAGCACUUCUUCUCUUUACUCUACAGCUGAAGAAAAGGCUCAUUCAGAGCAAAUCCAUAAACUGCGGAGAGAGCUGGUUGCAUCACAAGAAAAAGUUGCUACCCUCACAUCUCAGCUUUCAGCAAAUGCACACCUUGUAGCAGCUUUUGAAAAGAGCUUAGGGAAUAUGACUGGCCGAUUGCAAAGUCUAACCAUGACAGCGGAACAAAAGGAGUCUGAACUUAUAGAACUAAGAGAAACCAUUGAAAUGCUGAAGGCUCAGAAUUCUGCUGCCCAGGCGGCUAUUCAGGGAGCGCUGAAUGGUCCAGACCAUCCUCCCAAAGAUCUUCGCAUCAGAAGACAGCAUUCCUCUGAAAGUGUUUCUAGUAUCAACAGUGCCACAAGCCAUUCCAGUAUUGGCAGUGGUAAUGAUGCUGAUUCUAAGAAGAAGAAAAAGAAGAACUGGGUGAACUCUAGAGGAAGUGAGCUGAGAAGUUCUUUCAAACAAGCCUUUGGGAAGAAAAAGUCCACCAAGCCUCCUUCAUCACAUUCCGACAUUGAAGAGCUUACUGAUUCAUCCCUUCCAGCAUCCCCCAAGUUGCCCCAUAACGCUGGUGACUGUAGCUCAGCAUCCAUGAAGCCCUCACAAUCUGCUUCCGCGAUCUGUGAAUGCACAGAAGCUGAGGCAGAGAUAAUUCUGCAGCUGAAGAGCGAGCUCAGAGAAAAGGAAUUAAAAUUAACAGAUAUUCGGCUGGAGGCCCUCAGCUCUGCUCAUCAUCUUGAUCAGAUCCGGGAAGCCAUGAACCGGAUGCAGAAUGAAAUUGAAAUACUGAAGGCUGAAAAUGACCGGUUGAAGGCAGAAACUGGUAACACAGCUAAGCCUACUCGGCCACCGUCAGAAUCCUCAAGCAGCACCUCCUCUUCAUCUUCCAGGCAGUCAUUAGGACUUUCUCUAAAUAAUUUGAACAUCACAGAGGCUGUUACCUCAGAUAUUUUGCUAGAUGAUGCUGGUGAUGCAACUGGACAUAAAGAUGGCCGCAGUGUGAAAAUUAUAGUCUCCAUAAGCAAGGGCUAUGGUCGAGCAAAGGAUCAGAAGUCUCAGGCAUAUUUGAUAGGAUCCAUUGGUGUUAGUGGAAAAACCAAGUGGGAUGUCUUAGAUGGUGUAAUAAGACGUCUCUUUAAGGAAUAUGUAUUCCGAAUUGAUACAUCCACUAGCCUUGGUCUGAGCUCUGACUGCAUUGCUAGCUACUGUAUAGGAGAUUUAAUUAGAUCCCAUAACCUAGAAGUGCCUGAAUUGCUGCCUUGUGGAUACCUUGUUGGAGAUAAUAACGUCAUCACUGUGAACCUCAAAGGGGUAGAAGAAAAUAGUUUGGACAGUUUCGUUUUUGAUACACUGAUUCCUAAACCAAUUACCCAAAGGUACUUUAACUUGUUGAUGGAGCAUCACAGAAUUAUACUCUCAGGACCGAGUGGUACCGGAAAGACCUAUUUGGCAAACAAACUUGCUGAAUAUGUAAUAACCAAAUCUGGGAGGAAGAAAACAGAGGAUGCAAUUGCCACUUUUAAUGUGGACCACAAGUCAAGUAAGGAAUUGCAACAAUAUCUAGCUAACCUGGCUGAACAGUGCAGUGCUGAUAAUAAUGGAGUGGAGCUCCCAGUUGUAAUAAUUCUCGAUAAUCUUCAUCAUGUGGGCUCUCUGAGUGAUAUCUUCAAUGGUUUUCUCAAUUGUAAAUACAACAAAUGUCCAUAUAUUAUUGGAACAAUGAAUCAGGGAGUUUCUUCAUCACCAAAUCUAGAGCUGCAUCACAAUUUCAGGUGGGUAUUAUGUGCAAAUCAUACAGAACCAGUGAAAGGCUUUUUAGGCAGAUAUCUUCGAAGAAAACUCAUAGAGAUAGAAAUUGAAAGGAACAUUCGCAAUAAUGACCUAGUCAAAAUUAUAGAUUGGAUUCCUAAGACGUGGCAUCAUCUCAACAGUUUUUUGGAAACACACAGUUCUUCUGACGUUACCAUUGGUCCCCGACUUUUCCUUCCUUGCCCCAUGGAUGUAGAAGGUUCUAGAGUGUGGUUCAUGGAUCUCUGGAACUAUUCUUUAGUACCUUAUAUUCUGGAGGCAGUGAGAGAGGGUCUUCAGAUGUAUGGGAAACGCACACCAUGGGAAGAUCCUUCAAAGUGGGUGCUUGACACAUAUCCAUGGAGCUCAGCAUCUCUGCCUCAGGAGAGCCCAGCCUUACUUCAGCUGCGACCAGAAGACGUUGGAUAUGAAGGCUGCACAUCCACUAAGGAAGCCACAACCUCAAAGCACAUUCCUCAAACUGACACAGAAGGAGAUCCCCUGAUGAAUAUGCUAAUGAAACUCCAAGAAGCAGCCAAUUACUCGAGCACACAAAGCUGCGACAGCGAAAGCACCAGCCACCAUGAAGACAUUUUGGAUUCGUCUCUUGAAUCUACUCUCUAGAGGGUGAAAAAAGUUAGGGGAAAAGACUCUGCUUUUAAAAAAAUGUUUCAAAAGAAAGGUAUUUUCACUAAACCACUGCCAGUAUAAAAGCACCCUGUCAAGGUCCCUGACCCAGAGUUGUGGUCUCCAAGGAGGCAGCAGAACUAAGUCUGAACCGCCAAGAUGCUAAAUUGCAAUGGAAGCUUAACUUUAGUUUAUUUCUAAGCAUUUUUUAUAUCUGUGGAGUAAUAGAAGGCUCCAUUACUCAACUGGAAAGGACCCUAAUGACAGGGCAACUGAAUAGAUUGCACAUGGGAUAGCCAAACUGGACUUUCUUUGUUUCCUCUUUAAAAGUUUACAAUGCAGACCAUUUUUUGUCCCUUCCUUUUGUUUCCUCUGAGGGGCUGUUCUCCCCAGGCAGGGUCCAUCUUUCUGAUCCGUCCAACCUCCUUUGUGCCACACGGUGCUGGUCACAGGGCUUCAGUAGUGUUUGUGUUGUGCGCUCACCCCAUUCCAGAACAAAUCCAAGAGGCCAGUCCUCCAUAAGCACAAAUGGAAUUGUGCAACCACCAGGAAAACACUACUGUGGCAAACUGGAGAAGUGCCAAUUUAAUUCUAACUGCCACGUUCUCAUGAUGUGCUCCACCAACUUUUUAGUAAUGAGUCACUGGUUUUAUAAGGUUGUUUUUACCACAGUGGUCUUUUUAAACCACCUUCCCACUCCCUUAACAAGAGUUUUAUACCAAUUAUUAGUCAACACUGAUAAAAGGCUUUUUUAGGGCUUUAUUUGUUUGAGCCUUUUCAGUGAAAGAAGGAAAAUUUCCUAUGGUGCUGUCUCACUGCCUUAAAACAGAUUUCUACGACAGUUUAACAGUUGGUUUAAAUCCUAAACCAUUAGUAAUUUCCACUGUCUUUUCAUUUACAACCAAGCAACACCAGUUAACACAGUAGCCUCAUCUCUAUAUAUCUUUCUCUCUCUUUUUUUUUUUUUUUUUGAAGAAAUGGAUAGGAGAAAGAUCAGUAUUUUUAGCCUUGUGAAUAGAUCGCUUUGCCUAUCCUCCAAAAUAUUAAAAUAACCCAGAAAUGCUCUUUGACCGUCACUUAAAACCUAAGACAUGUGGCGAAAUUCCAUCCAGUUCUAAGUGAAAGAGUUUCAGAAGGCAGGAGAUUUUGAACUAUUAUCCAGCAGGGCUGGAAGCACUAGAUGCAGCAUGAGCACAACUAUUCGGCUUUCCUUCCCUAUUGUUCUUGUUUUUUUUAAUUAGUUCUGACGCAUGUUGUUUUGAUUGCUAUUGUUGUACAUGAGAAAUUCAGCAUUAAAGAACGCUGAAGCGGUAAGGUCACUGUGGAAGAGGAAGCGUUUAUACUGUAAAAGAAGGUUAGAUUUGCACAGUCUACUGGGUAGGUAUUGUAAAUAAUAAUUUUUAAAACUUGCACAAAUCGAAACAAACACAAACAAAAUUGUAUUUUAUCCUGUUGGUGUUAAGAGGUGUUUCACUUGCUGAGAUUUCCUGUACAUUGCAAACAAAUACAGAAUGCAAACCCUCAAAGCUGUAUUAUCUGGUGUGUUUGUCCUGUAUUUACAGUUGUUAUGACUAUGCAGGAGCUAUCAGUGCUAGAGUGAGCAUGCUUCAAAACUGUACAUGAAGCCAAUAUAUUUUUGGAUAAGUAAAACUGUCUGAAAGUACAUCUAUCAUGGCAGGCUUUAAAGAGAGUGCAUGAAAACUGAUCAGUCAUUGGAGAAGUUACCACCACACACAAAGGACAGGUUUUAAGUUUAUGAAACCCAAGGGCUAGGCCAUGGUAUAGACUUCUUCUAUGAGUGUGUGAAAAUGUGUUACUUUUAGGAUGUGUAAUUGGUGCUACUCUCUGUGACCACCAAUGGGUCAGUUGCUAUAGAACAACACCACCACCACAAAACGUCUGUGCAGUUUUCAGAGUGUCACAAAGUCAACAGGUCCUUACACGGUGCUAUUGCCCUAAGGGAAAUCCGAACUGAAUUUAUGCACAUAGAAUUGUCACCCUGACUUUGAAGCCUCAAACAUGGAUCAAAUCUGUUGUGAAACAUCAAUAUAUGUAGCUGGAUGAGUGACUAGUUGCCCUUGUAUAAUAUGUGAUCUAAGAAAAUUGCUAAUCUUUCCCUGCCAUUUUGAGAAACACAGUCCAAACAUGAGCAUAAACAGAAUUUCCUGCAAUACAUCCCAGUAGGUCCACCUAGUUUACAACUUAAACUAGUUUGUGAAACAUUUGUCUGUAUACAUUUUAUAUUUUGUACAUUUUGAUGUAACAUAUCAUGUAAAUAGGCAGAAACAGUGAAAUAAAUCAUCUGAAAAGUUUUGUAGUCUUUGUAAAGCCCCAACAAUAAGUACUUGGUGUCAAUGGACUUAACUGGAUGAUGUAUUUUCUAUUGGUUUAUUGUUCCUCUAGCUUGUAAACCAGCUUGCAUAUAUUUUUUUGCAAAUGUGCACCCUGUAUCUGUCUAAAUUAUUACUUUGCCAUUAAAGUGGAAUUAUUUAUUGACAA